AUGUCUAGAAGUAAGGUCUUUUUCGAUAUCACCGCCAAUGGUAAACCAAAGGGAAGAAUUGCCUUUGAAUUAUACAAUGAUAUAGUUCCAAAAACCGCCGAAAACUUUAGAGCUUUAUGUACUGGGGAAAAAGGUAAUUCUGAAGUUUCUGGCAAGCCGCUUUCCUACAAGGGUUCUAUUUUCCACAGAGUCAUUAAGGACUUUAUGUGCCAAGGUGGUGAUUUCACCAAUGGCAAUGGUACUGGUGGUGAAUCAAUAUAUGGAGAAAAGUUUGAAGAUGAGAAUUUCCAAUUGAACCAUGACAAGCCAUUCUUGUUAUCUAUGGCCAAUGCCGGUCAAAACACCAAUGGUUCUCAAUUCUUUAUCACCACUGUACCAACGCCACAUUUAAAUGGUAAACAUGUUGUCUUUGGGGAAGUAAUUGAAGGAAAAUCCGUGGUUCGUCAAUUGGAAAGAUCAGAAAAGGGCGCCAAUGAUAAGCCAGUUGAAGACUGGAUAAUUGCUGAUUGUGGUGAAUUACCAGCCGAUUACGUUCCUCAAGCAGCUGCCGGCUUCAGCGACGGAACCGGUGACGUAUAUGAAGAGGUUUUAGGAGAUAAUGACAAUAUUGACGUUAACAAGCCGGAAUCAGUAUUUGAAGCUGUGAACAAGUUGAAGGAAAUUGGUACUAAAUUGUUAAAGGAAGGUAACUUAGAAAAAUCAUAUGAAAAGUAUAACAAGGCAACCAACUUCCUCACCGAAUAUUUUCCAGAUGACUUGUCCGAAGAAGAUUUAUCUACUUUGAACAAGUUGAAGCUUUCCUGUUAUUUGAAUGCAGCAUUAGUGGCAUUGAAAUUGAAGGAUGGAAAAAAGACGGUCAAGGCUGCCUCCGAAGCUUUGGAAGUGGAUGGCAUUGAUGAAAAAUCCGAGGUUAAGGCGUUGUAUAGAAGAGGUAUGGGCCAUCUCUUGCUUAAAGACGAAGAUUCAGCACAAAGAUUCCUUGAACGAGCAUUGACUUUACAACCAAAAGAUGCUGCUAUUCUUAAAGGUUUGAAAGACAUCGAAGCUACUAAGAAGGCACGUAAAGAAAAGGAAAAGAAAGCCAUGGCCAAGUUCUUUUCUUAG